CAGGAGCUGUGGGAGGAGCCGGCGGCUUCACCGUGGUAACCGCAGCGCCGCCGCCGCCCGGUCUUGCAGGCCCCAAGACUGUCAUCGCCUUUGGGUGUUAGGGGUACUCUGGCCAUCGUCCCCGGAAAUAGCUCUGCCUGCCUCCCUGAGAUAACCCUACCUGCUCCCCACGCCGCCGCCGCCAUGCAAGGGGAGGACGCCAGAUACCUCAAAAGGAAAGUUAAAGGUGGAAAUAUUGAUGUACAUCCAUCAGAAAAAGCACUCAUUGUUCAAUAUGAAGUGGAAGCUACCAUUCUUGGAGAGAUGGGGGAUCCCAUGUUGGGAGAACGAAAGGAAUGCCAAAAAAUCAUUCGUCUUAAGAGUCUCAAUGCCAACACAGAUAUAACUUCCCUGGCACGAAAGGUGGUUGAAGAAUGUAAACUCAUUCAUCCCUCAAAACUACAUGAGGUAGAGCAGCUGUUGUAUUAUCUACAAAACCGCCGUGAUGCAUUGACAGGAAAAGAAAAAAAAGAAAAAUCGAGCAAACCUAAAGAUCCACCUCCUUUUGAAGGAAUGGAGAUUGAUGAAGUUGCUAACAUUAAUGACAUGGAUGAAUACAUUGAAUUAUUAUAUGAAGAUAUUCCUGACAAGGUUCGGGGUUCUGCUUUGAUCCUGCAGCUUGCUCGAAAUCCUGAUAACUUGGAAGAACUACUCUUGAAUGAAACUGCCCUCGGUGCAUUAGCAAGAGUCCUGAGAGAAGACUGGAAACAAAGUGUUGAGUUAGCUACAAAUAUAAUUUACAUCUUUUUUUGCUUUUCAAGCUUUUCUCAGUUUCAUGGACUUAUUACCCAUUAUAAAAUUGGAGCUCUGUGUAUGAACAUCAUUGAUCAUGAGUUAAAAAGACAUGAGCUUUGGCAAGAAGAACUUUCUAAAAAGAAGAAAGCUGUUGAUGAAGACCCUGAAAACCAAACCUUGAGAAAGGAUUAUGAAAAAACAUUUAAAAAAUACCAAGGGCUUGUGGUAAAACAGGAACAGCUUUUACGAGUUGCUCUUUAUUUACUUCUGAAUCUUGCUGAAGAUACUCGUACAGAACUGAAGAUGAGGAACAAAAACAUAGUUCACAUGCUGGUGAAGGCUCUUGAUCGGGACAAUUUUGAGCUGCUUAUUCUGGUUGUGUCAUUCUUGAAGAAACUCAGCAUUUUUAUGGAGAAUAAAAAUGAUAUGGUGGAAAUGGAUAUUGUUGAAAAACUGGUAAAAAUGAUACCGUGUGAACAUGAAGAUCUGCUGAAUAUCACCCUCCGGCUUUUACUGAAUCUGUCCUUUGACACAGGACUAAGAAAUAAGAUGGUACAAGUUGGACUGCUUCCCAAACUCACUGCACUUCUAGGUAAUGAAAACUACAAACAAAUAGCAAUGUGCAUUCUCUACCACAUAAGCAUGGAUGACCGCUUUAAAUCAAUGUUUGCAUACACUGACUGUAUACCACAGUUAAUGAAGAUGCUUUUUGAAUGUUCAGAUGAACGAAUUGACUUGGAACUCAUUUCUUUCUGCAUUAAUCUUGCCGCUAACAAGAGGAAUGUACAGCUUAUCUGUGAAGGAAAUGGGCUUAAGAUGCUCAUGAAGAGGGCUCUGAAAUUCAAGGAUCCACUGCUGAUGAAAAUGAUUAGGAACAUUUCCCAGCACGAUGGACCAACUAAAAAUUUAUUUAUUGAUUAUGUUGGGGACCUUGCAGCCCAGAUCUCUAAUGAUGAAGAGGAGGAGUUUGUGAUAGAAUGUUUAGGAACUCUUGCAAAUCUGACCAUCCCAGACUUAGACUGGGAAUUGGUUCUUAAGGAGUACAAGUUGGUUCCAUACCUCAAGAAUAAACUAAAACCAGGUGCUGCAGAAGAUGACCUUGUUUUAGAAGUGGUUAUAAUGAUUGGAACUGUAUCUAUGGAUGACUCUUGUGCUGCAUUGCUAGCCAAAUCUGGGAUAAUUCCUGCACUCAUUGAAUUACUAAAUGCUCAGCAAGAAGACGAUGAAUUUGUAUGUCAGAUAAUUUAUGUCUUCUAUCAGAUGGUUUUCCACCAAGCCACAAGAGACGUCAUAAUCAAGGAAACACAGGCUCCAGCAUAUCUCAUAGAUCUGAUGCAUGAUAAAAACAAUGAAAUCCGAAAGGUCUGUGAUAAUACGUUAGAUAUUAUAGCGGAAUAUGAUGAAGAAUGGGCUAAGAAAAUUCAGAGUGAAAAGUUUCGCUGGCAUAACUCUCAGUGGCUGGAGAUGGUAGAGAGUCGUCAGAUGGAUGACAGUGAGCAGUACUUAUAUGGUGACGAUCAAAUUGAGCCAUAUAUACAUGAAGGAGAUAUCCUUGAAAGACCUGACCUUUUCUACAACUCAGAUGGAUUAAUUGCCUCUGAAGGAGCCAUGAGUCCAGAUUUCUUCAAUGAUUUUCACAUUCAAAAUGGAGACGUAGUGGGGCAGCAUUCCUUUCCUGGCAGCCUUGGAAUGGAUGGCUUUGGCCAAUCGGUUGGCAUUCUUGGACGCCCUACUACAGCUUAUGGAUUCCGCCCUGAUGAACCUUACUACUAUGGCUAUGGAUCUCGAUAAAGUCACCCCUUACACGUGUACUCUCUGCGUAGAAGAAAUCUGUUUGAUGUUGACACUGCCCUCUCAUCAAACCACAUCUUGAUGCUGAAUUUCAUUUCCCAAGAGACUCGAAAGUGAAUAUUGAAAAGUUCCUAGACUGGAAAACAAACACUACAUUAUGUAUAUUAAGUGACUAAUUUAAUUUCUGUUAAAAAGAAACAAAGUACAAAUGAAUGAGUAAAAGUCAUGUGUUUGUAUUUAAUGCAUUUUAUUAGUAGUUACAUGCUUAUAUAUGGUGCACGUGAGUUGUGUAUUUUCUGCUCUUUUUUCCCGCUUGUAAAUUUGAGUAUUUCAUGUGAUAUAUGCUACCUUUGAAGUUUUCACAUUUUUUAUCCCUGUAGGGUUCCUUCCCAAAGUUACUAACUAUCCGUUUUCAAUUAACAAUGGAACAUAUGCCGUAAAUUACGUUAUCUGUAACUAUAGUCUCUUUAGCAAUUUGAAUUCAUGUUUUUCUGAUUUUCAUAAAGAAAACCUGGAAUAACUAAUAUAAAUGAAACAAGAUUAGUAGGUUUUUAACUUUUAUUAGUCAUGAAAUUUGGGAUCUAAACUAUGGAAGAGCUAAUUAUCAAGCGCGUGAAGGAAAACUAAAAUAGAAUCUUUUGCUCACUUACUCAUUUCCUAUUUAUUCUUACAUUUUUAUAAGAGAUUUAGAUAGUAAGAAUAGAGACAUUAUGAUUACUAAUUAGUUUUGAAAAUAACUCAGUGUUACAACGUUGAAAAAUUCACUUGAGAAAUCAAAUAACUAUAAUACAGAGAUAUUUCCUUGAACAC